GCUUGUAGCUACACUGCUUUUAAGAGUCGAGAGGUUAAACAGAUCAUUUAACUGGAUUAAAUUCCACAGGUGUGCAGUUUUAAACCUUUCCCCCAUGGGCGUCCCACUCAUAACUGACAAAACGUGAAAGUGACGAGGUUCCGAAUUGAUCUAGACUUCAGCUUUCGACAAACAUUUUUUCCAGAUAAUCUGAUGUAAAGAGACCAUAUGGAUGUUUGGUGUUUGGUGAUUAGGCUGUGUGGGUGAAUUGGCCCGGCUGGUGGGUGGGGGUUUUACGUGCUAAUCUAGAGAUUAAACUAAAGAUGUCAGUAGAACGUAGGCUUGUGGAAGGGCAACAUGCAGUGCAGGCUACGUCAGCCAUUCGAAGAUUCUGGUUUCGUAUUCUAGCGACUUGACAAAACAGCUUUUAGGUUUAUGUAAAUUGAUUGUGAUGUCUUUCAGCAGUGCAUUGUGGGAUUGCCUCAGAAGCGCACCUAAACGGAGCAUUUCUCACAUAACCGUAUAGGAAAUGUCGCCCAGCACCUCGUUCGACCUCAUCUUACCCAUUGUCCUGUUUCUCCUCCUCCUGCAGUGAGCUGAAGCAGCUCCUCUACAUUAGCUGCUUUCGGUCUAAUAGGAUCUGCCGGCUUUACAUUGUCAUCUGAUAAAUCUAAUCCUCUCGAUAACUGUGAUGCACCUACUGAGCCAAUUUGUACUCAAUUACCGUAAUGGGGAAACAAGCAAGAGGCUUCAGGAAAUGAUCAACAGGAUGGAAUAAUUGCGCUGUCUCUCAUCCAAUACAGCAUCAAAUGCAGAGCUCAAACUGUCGUGAGAUGACUUAUACACAGGCUAGUUGUUACAGGAGGUGGUGGGUCUCAAGUAAUGUUGCUUCAGGAGUCAGAUUUACUGUAGACAUUGAGUGGUGAUGCAAGACACUUCCACAAUCGUUAAGCAUAGAAUUUUGCUCUGGAUAUAAAUAUGACAAAGUUUGCUUUGGAAUUAUGAGGAUGGGGUGGGUAGACGGGCAUGAUGUUUAUUUUGACGGAUGGAUGGAUAGAAUCCGGCUUUCAAUGUGUUUUGUCCAACAAACGCUAGAUCAGUGGUUUUCAAAAUGGGGGCCCCAAGAUGGAUCCAGGGGGCCACAGAAUUUGUGGCAUUUUGUGAAAUAAUGAAAUUUAUCAUAGAUUUUAUGCAAUCAAACAUCAGCAAAAUAAGCCUACCAGCCAAAAGAAUUGAUGUUCCAGCAUUGCAUAACUGAAUAUGUUUUAGGUUUAAUUAAAAUUCUAGAUACGUUUUUAUUUAGGGGGGGCAUAAAGCGAUGCACUUUACACAAUGGGGCUUUACAAUGAAAACGUUUGAGAACCACUGCGCUAGAGCAAUUAGUACUUUCGGAUGCCCAGUGAGUCAACAGAACGUGCACGCGAGAACCAACAGUCUAGCCUUUACGGUGAAGUGUCCAGCUUUCCAGGUAUUUUCUAUCAACGCUGUAAACUGUCCAACUCUUUCUUAUUUGACUGGUCUGGCAACAUUGAGAUUUUUGGUCCUGGCUGGACUUCUGAUGUCACCAAAUUAGUUGUGACAUUUUAAUAACAUCUUCAACAAUUUAUCUCCUGAUGAUACUUCAUUUAGAAUGUGUAAGUUGUAGCGGGUUGCUAUCCUGUGUAAAACUUGUAGCAAAUAUCUUCAGGUGUAUUUGAGGUCAGAGGAACCCAGUCUUUAGCCUUAUUGAAGUUGUUGCUGAUGUUUGGGUCGUGUACCUCUGUGACCCCGUCAGGGACUUAGACAGCUCCUGUGUACCAGGACGACAUGCCAAAGACUUGUGUCUGUACACCAGAGAAGUCCUUUGUGGGUCAGCUGACCUUUCAUGAACUUAAUGUCCCAACUCUGCAUUAGUACUAACGGUCAUUUAGGGUCAGAUCAACCCUUAUUGUUUCUUUAUUAGAACAGAUUCUCUGGACUUCGUUUGUCAUUAAAGUGUGGAUGCCAACAAAUACGUCCUUACUAAUUUUACAAACUUGAGAUGAAAUGUGAAAAGUGUAAAGAAAAAAAUCAUCAAGUUUCAUGGUUCAGUAGUGAAAUAGUUUUUCUCUCGUUUCUCAACCCACAAUGCAACACUACUAACAACUAGUUAAAAACAAAUAAAGCCAUAAUAUAUUUAAUACUAUUGACAAUUAAAUUGUCAAUAGAUCAAAUAAGUACAGUAUAUGAUCAUGUUUAUGUCUUUUACUGUAUGUGUGUAUACAGUAUGUAGCUUAAAAGUUUAACUCAUCAAAUGUUCUCAUUUAAUGGUCAGAUUGCCUGAGGAUAAAAACAGAAUAUUAUAUGGUAAAGUUUUCCAAAAUAUUGUAUUAUGUGGAAAGAAUAAGAAAUAUUUAAUUGUUCUUGUGUAUGUAAACCAGUUAAUAAAUUUGUGUUAGCAAGCCAAAACAAUGUUUAAAUGGUAAAGUACUGUAAAAUAAUUUAAACAUUUUUAGAAUAACUUCUUUUAAAAGAGUUAACAAGUGUUUCAAAGUUAAUUUUUAUAUACACGGAUGAAAGUGCUUGUAGUUUAAAAAACAGCCAUCAAUGAUCAACAAACAGGCUUCCAGUGACGGUUCUUUCGCUCAAUAAUGAAGAAGGCGUCCAAAAAAUUCAGGUCAUCCUUUUGUCUUUAAAACAAUAGAUCUGUGAAGGAAGAAGGAGAGAAGUCUUCAUUAGUCGCGUCUCCUAUGGGGUGAAUUCAAGCUCUGUUUGGUGCAAUUACUUGAGCAGAAACAGCAUGUCAAUCAUUCUUAAGGGGGAAGAGUCCCAAUUAAUGAGCUCCUGUAAUCCCAUGCUGUUAUUUCCCUUCUGCAAAGACAGAACGCAGAGCAGCGGAAUCCAUCCCAGAGAACUUCUGUGUGUGGAUGUAUGCAUUAACAGGGUUGAAGUCAGAGGGAUUGAGUUUUUUUGGUGGCUCUUUUUGGGGUACAUCAGAGGACGACGUGCUCCACAACUGAACGUGAUCCACUGCUGGAGAAACAGGUGGAUGCAAGACCGAUUGGAGACGGAGAAGGCUCAGAACAUCUCGCUUUAGAGUCUUGGGUUCCUCUAUCAGACCAACUGCACCUCUGUUGGAAGGUCUAUCCUGGCAUUCCAAUGCAUUUGUCACUGGACACCAUGAACAUGGUGGACGAUGCUUGUCUUUCGCCCAGUAACUUUCACGAGAUGGUCAAAGCUGGAGGAGUGGUGGUGGGUACCCGCGUCCACAGCAUUGAUGUCAUCCUGGGCUUCAACAGGGACCAGGACCCUUUGAUCAACACUGUAGGCAACGUUGUGACACACAAAGUUGGAGGAGAGAAUCUUGGAGAUCCGGGUAAGCAGGACCAGCGGGUGCAACCUUACGGACAUCUGCCGAUACUUAGGAACAGCUCCGAUCAGCCUGAUUUUAAUGAUGCUGAUAUGUUCUCCAACAAGUGUGAGAGUGAUUUGAGUGACCUGCGGAAGUCCUGCGACAGUGACUGCAAAUCUCCAGACUCUGCAGAUGAAGAACAGCCUAAAAAGAAGCACAGACGCAAUCGCACGACUUUCACCACUUACCAGCUGCAUGAACUGGAGCGAUCCUUCGAGAAGUCUCACUAUCCCGACGUCUACAGCCGAGAGGAGCUGGCCAUGAAAGUUAGCCUGCCAGAGGUCCGAGUGCAGGUUUGGUUCCAGAACCGCAGAGCCAAAUGGAGGCGACAGGAGAAAAUGGAUGCCAGCACCAUGAAGCUCCACGACUCACCCAUGCUCUCCUUCAACCGCCCGCCCAUGCACCCCAACGCUGGGCCCAUGAACAACUCGCUGCCCCUUGACCCUUGGCUGACCUCCCCGUUGUCCAGUGCCACUCCAGUGCACAACAUUACAGGAUUCAUGGGUCCCACACAAGGAUUGCAGUCAGGGGAACCUUACCACAGUUUCCUGAGCACAGCCCAAACGAUGUCUCAGAGCAUGCAGCCUAUGCCCCCCCCACCGUACCAAUGCCCCCCUCCCUUCACUGACAAAUAUCCAUUGGAGGACAUUGAACAACGCAGUUCCAGCAUCGCUGCUUUGAGGAUGAAAGCUAAGGAACACAUCCACUCCAUGGACAAGCCCUGGCAACCAAUGUGCUGAGACGAUAGAGCGUUCUUUGAAGGCCUUCAAGUUUCUUGGUGAUGAUGCUGAAUGACUAAAUGAUGCUGAAGGCUAAUGAAGAGUGACUGAGCAUGUAAGAGAUGGUUUUCUUGUACCAGUGAGAACGUUUGAAUCAAGAAACGUGGGCACUAAAUGAGUCACGUGCCACAAUUAUUUAUUUUUCAACUGGAUGUCAAUCUUGUGUCUGAAGCAAUGAAAAGGCACAAAGAUUGAAAGUAUCAUGCUAAUUCUGUCUGAUUAUAGUUUUGAUUGUAAACACACUUGGUUUCAGUUCAUUGUCUAAUUGCAUAAGUGGCAAUUAAUGACACAAUUAAAUCAAUCUCUGAUCUAAGAGUGGCUGAAAUAUGAAUUUACACCUUCUUGGGAUGAUCUGGAUUAGAUGUUUUUGGUUGUGAAUAUCCUGAGCCAUAAAUAUGGACAGCAGGAAAUUUUCUUACACAAACCCUUGUUUUAAUCGAAAAGACUUGUGUAAGGAAAGCAGGAGAAGAACACAGGUGAUGGUCUGGGAAAAGAGGUCUUGUAUGACCUGCCUGUAAACCAUCUCCUGUAGGUGCAGAACAGAGCCGGAGUUACCCUACCAUGACUCCUUCAAAGUUUGGAACAACUCAUCCAAGUACAGUCACAAUUUUACACAGGUAGUGGUCAAAUAAAUUGCUUUACCAGCUGUUUUACACCCCAGAAACAAACAAACGGGAUUGGCCGGUUAUUUUUGCAAAAGGAAACUCACUCAGUUCAAGUUGCCAGACUUUUUGUAGCCAAUUAUGAAUGAUACAUAUUGUGUUUAACUAAUACUGAGUAUUUUGGGAAAGAGUAUGAAAUGUUGUAGUAUGAUUGAACUGAACGAUUUAUACUGUAAGUUUACUCAAGGUGUUUAAGUACGUAAAGAUAUAUACAAUUAUAUACAGAGUUUUUUCACAGCUCUAUUACAGGGUCACGUGGCCCAAAAUUAGUUUACAAACUGAAUCUGUGAUAUUUAGAUGACUUGCAAUGUUGAAAAGCCAAAGUUAGUAAGCAAUAUGACAAUCAAGGGUACAUUUUAAUGUCUGUAUAUGUUUGUGCAACGUUAUUUUGUCAAAAACUAUGAAUGUGGUUCUUUUUGUUUGUAUUGUGUCUUAGACGUUUAUACAGUAAUGUUUGACUCAAACUGGUGUCCACUAUUGUUCUUUGAAUAAACAAAUCUAGUUAAA